AUGCAACGCAGAAAACUUCAGGAGCAAAAAGACGUCCUACGCCAAAUUGCUAAAGCCAGCGAUGCGAUUCGCAAAAAGCAUAGAAUGCUAAAAUUGGAUAGAGAGAACAUCGAACAGACGAUGAAAGAAGAAGGAGAUAAUAAUGACGCGGACGUACCCGUUGAUCAGAACGAUCCUAUGCAACGGUAUCUUAAUAUGCUGCUAUCGAGGCAGAAUAAACAAUUGGAUACCGCCUAUGGUGUACGUAAAUUCAUCAAGAACAGAUUGAUGAUAGGCGAUUCCCCCAUCAGCUUUGAGGGUGAUCCAAACCAUGUAGGCGAUACGACUUACUUGAAAACUGCGGAUUUGACCGAACUCUUGUUCAGGAAGGUACCUGACGAGACUAGUAUAACCCAGGAUGACUUGAACAAUUACAAAAACAUUAUUUUAACGACGAAUGCACAUAGAAAACCUGCCAGGAGGAAUUAUCAACGCCGCCACGUUGACGUCCGCGGGCUGGACGAGACUUGACCAGCGGAUCUCGUUGACAUGUCAGCGUACGAAAGAGAGAACAAUGGAUACAUGUAUCUGUUCACCGUCGUCGACAUAUUUUCAAAGUUUGCUUGGGCCGUGCCUACGAAGAGCAAGAACGCUAAAGACGUGACAGCAGCUAUGAGAUCUGUACUGGCGAAGGGUCGAAUCCCGAAGAAAUUGCAUGUUGACCAAGGUCGAGAGUUUUACAAUUCCGAAUUCAAAGAUCUUAUGCAAAAACACGGUAUUACCCUGUACUCAACAUUCAGUAACUUGAAGGCAUCGAUCUGCGAGCGCUUUAAUCGUACUUUGAAAAGUGAGAUGUGGAUGCAGUUUAGCCUAAAGGGCAAUCACCGGUGGCUGGAUAUCUUAUCGGACUUGGUAUCCUCUUACAAUAACAGUAAGCAUCGCACCAUUGGUAUGAAGCCGGCAGAUGUGACUGCUCGUAACAAGAAGGAAUGACUACAACGGGUGUACAAGAAAUUCAAAGUCAAGUCCACACUUAAACGAUCAAAGUUUAAAGUCGGCGACAGAUUACGAAUCAGCAAAUUUAAACUCAUUUUCGAAAAGGGCUACACACCCAAUUGGACAACCGAAAUUUUCACCGUAAGUCGAGUGAAGAAUACCGAUCCAGUGACGUAGAAUCUCAAGGACUACCAGGAUCAUCUCAUCGAAGGCGGUUUCUACGAAUAUGAACUUACCAGCGUCAAGUAUCCCGACACAUAUGUAUAUCUUGUGGAAAAGGUACUGAGGAAACGUGGAAACAAGCUAUUUGUGAAAUGGUUAGGUUUCGAUGGUUCGCAUAAUAGUUGAAUCGAUAAGUCUGAUUUUUAA